GAUCUCCUUUAAGCUUUCAUAUGCCCGUAGUUAAUACCCGUCUCUGCGUAAUAAAAGAUUUGAUGGUGGCGGUCUCUGGCCGCCUGUUUUGGAUCAGGCUCUGGAGUGGACGCCCCUAGCUCAAGGGUCUUCUGGGCAGCCGGAGACCUACAGAAACUGGUAACGAUGGCGGCUGGGCAGGGUGGGUGUCUUCUGCCGGCGUUUGGGCUGCGGUUACUGUUGACGACUGUGCUCCAAGCGGUGUCUGCUUCCGGGGCAGAGUUUUCAUCAGAGGCAUGCAGAGAGUUAGGCUUCUCUAGCAACUUGCUGUGCAGCUCUUGUGAUCUUCUUGGACAGUUUAACCUGCUUCAGCUGGAUCCUGAUUGCAGAGGAUGCUGUCAGGAGGAAGCACAAUUUGAAACCAAGAAGCUGUAUGCAGGAGCUAUUCUUGAAGUCUGUGGAUGAAAAUUGGGGAGGUUCCCUCAAGUCCAAGCUUUUGUCAGGAGUGAUAAACCCAGACUAUUCAGAGGACUACAAAUCAAGUAUGUUCGCGGUUCAGACCCCGUGCUAAAGCUUUUGGACGACAAUGGGAACAUUGCUGAAGAACUCAGCAUCCUCAAGUGGAACACAGACAGUGUAGAAGAAUUCCUGAGUGAAAAGUUGGAACGCAUAUAAAUCUAUCCUUUUGUUACUUUAUCAAUGAAAUAUUAACAGCACCUAGAAAAUAAUUUAGCUUUGCUUGCUUCUAUCAAUCAGUCUUUUAGUGUGAGGCAUUAAAGAUCCAAUGAGAAGUUGAAAUGUUAGCACAGCCCAUGAUAUCUGAGUUGGCAAGCUUAACAAAAACCUGUUUUUGUACAUUUCCGUCCUCCUGCAUUUGUUGAUACCACCAACAAAAUGCUUUGCAGCAGACUUGUGGUUAAUUAUGCAAAUGAUAGUUUGUGAUAAUUGGUCCAGUUUUACGAACAACAGAUUUUUUAAUUAGGGAGGUUAAUAAGGGAGAUGAUUAUUAUGCCUCAUGUGCUGUGUGCUCUUUGAAAGUAGUGACAGAAAACUACAAAGCAAGUAAGAUAUAUUGAGCCUCAACAGAUCGCCUGCUCCCCAGUGUCUCUCAUAUUUUUGUAUUACCCAACUUUCUUUCUAAUAGAAAUGUUAUUUAUAGUUUAUAGUGAAUACACUGCAUAGAAACUUUGUGGCUUCAUUGUUGUAAACCAGAUUCAAGAUCUUCUGUAAGAGUGAGACAUUCACAAAAAUUUGCAUUAAUGAAGACUACACAGAAAACCUUUCUGAGGAUUUGUGUGGAUCAGAUAUUUGGCAAAUUAUUGUGUUUUACAUUCUUACAGAAAAGACCAUUUAAAAAUGAUCAUUUGUAAAACCAAGAUAUAAAUAAAAAGUUUCAAAAAUCCA